AUGGCAACUCCGAAGCCAGAGGAGAUAAGCCACCCACCAAUGGACCAACUUCAAGGCUUAGAGUACUGCAUAGACUCAAACCCUUCAUGGGUGGAGUCAAUAUUUUUGGGUUUCCAGCAUUACAUUUUGGCCUUAGGAACUGCAGUCAUGAUUCCUUCAUUUCUUGUGCCUUUGAUGGGUGGAACUGAUGGUGAUAAAGUAAGGGUGGUGCAGACCUUGCUUUUUGUUGAAGGAAUUAAUACACUUCUGCAGACACUCUUUGGAACCCGGUUGCCAACAGUGAUAGGAGGGUCUUAUGCAUUUAUGGUCCCCAUUAUAUCGAUAAUUCAUGAUUCCUCAUUGACAGGGAUAGAGGACCCACAUUUGAGAUUUCUUAACACCAUGAGAGCUGUACAAGGGGCAAUGAUAGUGGCAUCAAGCAUACAAAUUAUUUUGGGUUUUAGUCAAUUAUGGGCCAUUUGCUCUAGGUUUUUCAGCCCACUUGGAAUGGUUCCAGUAAUUGCAUUAGUUGGUUUUGGGUUAUUUGACCGAGGCUUCCCUGUGGUUGGUCAUUGCGUUGAAAUUGGAAUUCCCAUGUUAAUUCUGUUUGUAGCCUUUUCUCAGUACUUGAAAAAUUUUCAUACAAGACAGCUACCCAUACUAGAGCGAUUUGCUCUACUUAUAUCAACCACAGUGAUAUGGGCAUAUGCACAUCUUUUAACAGCAAGUGGAGCAUACAAACACCGUCCUGAAUUAACCCAACAUAAUUGCAGAACAGACAGGGCCAACCUCAUAUCUUCUGCUCCAUGGGUAAAGAUCCCAUACCCUCUUGAGUGGGGUGCUCCAACAUUUGAUGCUGGUCAUGCUUUUGGAAUGAUGGCUGCUGUUUUAGUCUCCUUAAUUGAGUCAACUGGAGCAUACAAAGCUGCAGCACGUCUAGCAAGUGCAACUCCACCUCCAGCUCAUGUUCUGAGCCGUGGUAUUGGUUGGCAGGGAAUUGGAAUAUUGUUGAGUGGCCUUUUUGGAACACUGACUGGUUCAACAGUUUCUGUAGAGAACGUGGGGCUUCUAGGAAGUACUCGUGUUGGGAGUCGAAGAGUCAUUCAAAUUUCAGCUGGUUUUAUGAUAUUCUUCUCAAUGUUAGGAAAAUUUGGAGCUUUAUUUGCAUCAAUACCCUUCCCCAUUUUUGCAGCUGUAUACUGUGUUCUGUUUGGCCUUGUGGCUUCUGUGGGCCUAUCAUUCUUGCAGUUCACUAACAUGAACUCAAUGAGGAACCUCUUCAUUACUGGUGUAUCCCUUUUCUUAGGCUUUUCCGUUCCUGAGUAUUUCAGAGAGUACACUUCAAAGGCCCUUCAUGGUCCUACUCAUACAAGGGCUGGAUGGUUCGAUGAUUUCCUCAACACUAUAUUCUUCUCUUCUCCAACUGUUGCAUUGAUUGUUGCUGUGUUCUUGGACAAUACUCUUGAUUACAAGGAAAGUGCCAAAGAUAGGGGAAUGCCAUGGUGGGCAAAGUUUAGAACAUUUAAUGGAGAUAGCCGGAAUGAAGAGUUUUAUACCCUUCCUUUCAACCUCAACCGGUUUUUCCCUCCUCGGUAG